GUUGGCUUGGAAUUGGAUUAAAAGAUUUAUAUAAUGGAAAGAGAAAAAUCUAGUGUUCAAUAAAAAAAUGAACUUUGACUUUGCCACCCAUUAAAGAAUUUGCUGGCAAGACCCUACUUUCACAAUAUCACACGCUUACCCAUCAUUUCAACUCUGUAAUCAAGUUUCAUCAUCUUAUUCUUUUAGGGUCAAAUUUUCAGGUUCCAUUGAAACAAAAUCAUCUCUUUCGUAAAGAAAAAGGAACUCUUUUUAUUGUUAGUUUCAAUGUCUUCCGCGCCAUUUUUGCUUCUUUUUCUGUGUUUAUUAUUACCAUACUUUGUUCUUUCUGAUCCUCGAGCUACCGAAGCAGCUCUAAUAUGUUCCAACAAUGACACUGCCUCAAUGGCCCAAAGAAGACCCUUUAUCACAAACUUCUUAGCCACUUUGGAAGCUGUGAGUCCAUUAAUUGCUCGACAAAAAUACGCAACUGUGAUUAAUGGGACUGGUAAUACCACGGUUUAUACUUUUGGGGAGUGCAUGAAAGACCUUUCUCAGGACGAUUGUAAUCUCUGCUUUGCUCAGUGUAAGACCCAAAUCUUAAGAUGCUUACCUUUUCAGAGGGCAGUUCGUGGGGGUCGACUUUUCUUUGAUGGGUGUUAUCUAAGGUACGAUUCCUACAAUUUCUUCAAUGAAAGUUUAGGUAGGCAAGACAGAACCCUUUGUUCUAAUGGUGAUUUUAGUGGGAACCGGACCGUUUUUAGAGAUAAUGUUUUGAAGUUGGUGAGGAAUUUGAGCAUUGAAGCACCAAACAAUGAUGGGUUUUUUGUGGGGUUAGUGAAUCAGGGGAAUAUAAGUGUUUUUGGUUUGGCUCAGUGUUGGGAGUUUGUGACUGGAACUGCUUGUGGGAAAUGUUUGGCUGCUUCUGUCGAAAACGUUACUUCUUGUGCUCCAAAAGAAGAAGGGAGGAUCUUAAAUGCUGGCUGUUACUUAAGAUAUUCAACAAAAAAGUUCUAUGACAAUUCAACUAGUAGUGCUUCAGGACAAGGAAAUGGGGGGAGCCGACCCUUGGCUGUUAUCUUGGCUGCAACAUCUGCUGGUUUGGCUUUUCUGUUGACUAUAGCUGCAGUUAUUUUCUUCUUGAGAAAAAGAGUACUGAGAAAGAGGCGAGAGAAGAAGCAACUAGGUGCACUUUUGGACACUGUGAACAAGUCCAAACUGAAUAUUUCGUAUGAGGUUCUUGAAAAGGCUACUAAUUACUUUCAUGCUUCCAACAAGCUUGGACAAGGAGGAUCUGGUUCAGUUUAUAAGGGUGUUCUACCAGAUGGCAAGGUUGUUGCGGUAAAAAGGCUUUUCUUCAAUACAAGACAAUGGGUGGAUCAUUUCUUCAACGAAGUGAAUUUGAUAAGCGGAAUUCGACACAAAAAUCUUGUGGAGCUGUUGGGAUGCAGCAUUACAGGCCCUGAGAGUCUUCUUGUUUAUGAAUAUGUACCAAAUCAAAGCCUUUAUGAUAACUUAUUUGGUGCUCUAAAGAAUGUUCGACAACUUAGGUGGGAGUCGAGGUAUAAGAUCAUAUUGGGUGUAGCUGAGGGUCUUGCUUAUCUUCAUGAAGAAUCGAAUUUGAGAAUCAUUCACCGAGAUAUAAAACUAAGCAACAUUAUGCUUGACGAAGAUUUGACACCGAAAAUAGCUGACUUCGGACUAGCUAGAUUAUUCCCUGAAGAUAAAACUCACAUCAGCACUGCCAUUGCUGGUACACUUGGUUAUAUGGCUCCGGAGUAUAUUGUUCGUGGAAAGUUGUCCGAGAAGGCUGAUGUUUAUAGUUUUGGAAUUCUUGUCAUUGAAGUAGUAAGUGGAAGAAAGAACAAUUCUUUCAAUGACAACCCAAACUCUAUUCUGCAGAUGGUUUGGAGCCAUUAUUUAAGUGGUACACUUAGUGAAGUAGUUGAUCCAAGCCUAGAAGGUAACUUCCAAGCUGAGGAAGCAUCUCGGUUGCUCCAAAUCGGGUUACUUAGUGUACAAGCCUCUGCUGAGCUUCGACCAUCAAUGUCAGCUGUCGUGAAUCUUCUUACCGAAAAUCAUGAGAUUCCACAGCCAACACAACCCCCUUUUCUGAAUUCCAUCUCCCCUGAGAUUGGCCAAGGCACCCCUUCUAACGAAUACUAUUCUUCUAAGCCCGAAUCUAACACACAGUCCUCUGGGAACAACAUCACAGAAAGUUGGGUUGAACCAAGAUGAGAUGAAUAUUUUUUAUUUGAGCUUUAGCUUUGCAAAUAUUUUGAUUCUUAGUUUAUCUAAAAAGGGUGCCUAGUUGUCUUGCCAAGCAGCAUUUUUCCCUGUAAAUUAUUUUUUGUCACGAUUUGUUAACAUGCUAAUAGUUGGCAUCAUUUUUCUUUUUAUACAGUAAAUGUGUGUAAUUUUUCUCACUAAUUGACAUUUAUUAUCAUAACCUACUUACUUAUCA